GCACUUGUGAUUUUCUAAUUUCGUUUAUUUUGUGAAUAUUCCAAAAUAAUUAAUUACAAGUUUCAAAGAAGAUAUGUUUUCCGAAUCACUAUAAAAUAAAUUAAUCAAAAUGUCUUUAUACGAUGACUUAGAUACUAUAAAAACCCGAACUACAGAAAAAGUAGCAGGAUGGUCAUCUGGUAUUAAAUUGUUGCAAUCACAAUUACAAUUGAAAAAAGCUGCCAUUACUCAGCCAAAAAGAGAAGCUUUACGGCGUUCUACUCAAGUCCUAACACCAGUAAUUGACUUAAAAAGUAAAAAGGAUGAUCCAAGUCAAGAUGAGUCUGUUUCAAACAAUCCAAAUUUGCAACCAAAGACAUACACACCUUCUUUAAAUGUCACUGAUUUUGAUUGGAAUGUUGCAAAUGAGUAUGAUCCCAUGUGGCCAAAUGAUUAUGAAAAAGUGGCAAAGGAGAUGCAGAAUAAAAGACUACAACUUGAUGGAGGUGACAGAACUGAUAGAACAGAUAGAAAACGUAAAUCAAGAUUUGGUGAUGAUGAAGACACAAUUCCAGAAAAGACUCUAAUUCCCAUGCAACCAGAAGAAGAGGAAGCUGUGGAGAUAACUAAAAGGGCAGUAGGUGCUGCAAUAGCACCCCCACCAUCCCUGACAGUAGAAACAGCAGCACCCUCACCACCCGCUCCCUCUACACCUGCCACUGUUCCUACAGCGGGCUUCUCCAUUGGUGGCUAUGGAGCCAGCUCUGUUGCUGCUAAAAUAAUGGCUAAAUAUGGGUUUAAGGAGGGUCAAGGGUUAGGAAAAAAGGAACAGGGAAUGUCUGUUGCUUUGCAAGUUGAGAAGACAUCAAAAAGAGGUGGGCGUAUUAUCCAUGAGAAAGAUGGUAAUACUAUGCCUCCACCUGGCUUUACUAUGCCACCACCACCAGGACCAGACUCACCUAAUGCAUCAUCAAAUUCACCUCAAAUGUUAAAAUCAGAGCCAUCAAUUACAGAAAUAAUGAAGUCACCAAGCAAAGUUGUGCUAUUAAGAAAUAUGGUUGGACCUGGUGAUGUUGAUGAAGAACUUGAACCUGAAGUAAAAGAUGAAUGCAACACAAAGUAUGGUGAUGUCAUAAAAGUGGUUAUUUUUGAACUGCCCAAUGCGCCUAAUGAUGAGGCAGUGAGAAUAUUCGUUGAAUUUAAAAGAAUCGAGAGCGCUAUAAAAGCUGUAGUAGACUUAAAUGGAAGAUUCUUUGGUGGAAGACAAGUCAAAGCAGGAUUCUAUGACAUGGAGAAGUUCAAUGCUUUACUACUUACUGAGUAACUAAGGUGUAAUAUAAUUAAAUAUAAGUUA